GGGGAGCGGAGACGGUGGACGUCUCGACCCGCGGGGUCGUCCCGUCUCUUUCGUCCUCUUCUGUUUAUCGUUCUUGCCUGUUCUCGACGAAGAAGAAUCCGAGACAGUGGUUCGCGUAGUGCUGUCGCCGAAGUGUUGAAGUCGAUGAGGCGUGCGGACCGCGCGGCCAGCAUGACCCUGCGGGGGUACAGGAGGGACUCGGACGUCGUCCUGUCCAACUUCGGACACAAGGAACACCUCUUCAAGUUCCUCGUCAUCGGCGAUUACGGUGUCGGCAAAACUGCGCUGGUCAGAAGAUACACGGAAGGGAAGUUCUCCUCGAAUUACAAGAUUACCAUAGGCGCCGAUUUUGCGAUAAAAACGCUCGAUUGGGAUCCGCAAACUAAAAUAAACUUGCAGCUAUGGGACAUCGCCGGUCACGAGAGAUUCGGAUACAUGACGAGGGUCUACUAUAAAUACGCGGUGGCUGCGGCUCUCGUGUUCGACAUCUCACGCGCGGCGACCUUCCAGUCGAUGAAGAAGUGGCUGAACGACCUCAGGGAGAAGGUCACGCUGCCGGACGGCACGGGCAUUCCGGUCGUGCUCCUGGCGAACAAGUGCGACAUAUCGGUCGCCGUGACCGACGAGCAGAUCUCGAAGUUCUGCAGGGAGAACAAGAUACACGCCUGGUACGCGACUUCCGCGAAGAACAACACCAACGUCGGUAGAUGCGGCAAUACGCUAUUUGGUGGACAAGGUGCUGAGCUCGAGAAUCGACAACGGUAUACGGGACUCGAUCCGAUUACGACGCGAGAGCACGUCGAGCCGCGAGAAAUUAUCUAGCUGCUGCAAAUAAAGCGACAUGCAUACCCUGUGAAGAACAAUCGUCUUACAAAUAGAAAAUUAUAGAGAGCACACGUCGAUCAACGUGAAUGGAACGCGCAUCGAACAAGAUAAUCGCGAGAUGAUCGGAUACGAUGGCCGUAUGACGGUAAAACAAAGCUACGAAAAAAAUUUAUAUCGUUGAAAGAUUUACACGUAUACAUUAUAAUUGUCAUUAGUGGCACCACAUUUGUUUUACGCGAUAACCGUCGCCGUUAUCAUUUAUUGACCGCGCGUCGCAGUGGUCUCUUUGUAAAUUUACAUAAUAAAUUACCCACAAGAAAAUAA